AAGUGCAAAUGUGAGCAAAAAUGUCGAUAGUUGCGAAGCGAUGUGGAGUGAAAUUUACUCCCCCGUCGAUCAUCAUCAUCUACGAGAACAAAACCACCGGCAAGAUGAGGAAGAGGGUCAUUCCUGUCAGGAACUUCUCUCAGUAUUCUGAUUGCAGUCGCGCAGCAGAGCGUCUGAAGCAUCACCUGCGUCACAGUGUGUAUCUGGAGUGCGUGUCGUCGGCUCAGCUGGAGAGACUUCACCUCCUCCUGCGGGAUCAUCUGCAGGGCGUGAGUCUGGAGGAGAGUCUGGCCGCCCACCGCCGCUCUGAGGAGGAGGAGGAUCUGAACAAGCUGAGCGAUGAAGAGCUGAGCCGCAGGAAGGCGCAGAUGGACGAUCUGUUCCAGCGCAACCGCAGGCGCAGAGGGGAUCCGGACUUUGUGUACGACCUGGAGGUGGAGUUCGGAGAGAGCAGCGUGAAGGAGACCUGCAGCUGGGACGAGGAGCAGUCCGACCAGGGGUUUUAGGACCACAGCGGACACCUUUCACAAGGAAAACACUGACUUCUGGAACUGAUGGCCUUCCACACAAAAAACGUUUCCUGUGAACAAAAACAAGGAAUGACGCAGGAUUCGAUUGUCAAACUCAAAUG